AUGGGUCGCCCUUUCGAGACAUCAAUACCACCAUGGGGAGGUCGCCCAUACUUGGUGUCCAGGUUUCGCUCCACCACUCUUACAAACCGUAUCCUAGGAAUAUUUCUUUUCAUCCUGACAUUAUUACACGGACAGCACCUAUUCUUCUUCUAUCGCAGCGAACUGGGUGCAAAAUAUUCCCCUACAGAGUUUGCAAGACCAGAUAGAGCGAUACGGGAAACCGAGGCCUCACACUUGGAGUUCGUGGAUACGCUGUUGGCUCAUCGAAAUCAAUGGCAGGUUCUGGGUUCGGGGUGGGAAGGCAAGACGUACACCUUUAACUCCUCGGUGAUUAAGACAUUUGUCCCAGGACAGAGCCCCUUUCGAAACUGCGUUUCGGGUGACCCGAACAUGAGAUGGCCAGCGGAGAUCCCUGCCUCAGUGGAAGUUGGAGGAAUAUGGAGCGCAGAAGCUGACGCGAAAGAGAAGUACCCAUCUGGGUUCCUGCCUGUGCAGGCUUAUUUCAUGGCCACUUCCUUACCACGAAGGGCUCCAGAAUGGCAUCUGGUCACUCCUCUGGUUGCCGGUGGAAAUCUCCCCAGUCUAGCUAAAAGAUUACGCCAACAAAGCUCAUCCAACAGCUUCAGCCAACUGGACUUGACCUACCGUGCGACGUUCCAUAAGCUCCUUCGCACAAUGGAAACACUUCACAGGAAAGGGUUCUGUCACGACGAUAUCAAACCUUCGAACAUCUUUGUGGAAAGCGACACACAGUGGAUUCUGGGCGAUCUUGGGAACGUACGCCAACUUAGCCAUCCAUAUCACUCUUCGCACCUUUGGAUAGAGGACAACAAGCAACUCGCCGAUUGUAGGGCAAACGAUGUCAUCCGGGUUCUUAAAUCCUACCUGCAGUUUCUCCGGACGGCUAGUAACAACACUGAGCAGCUUGACCUAGCCCUGGUGCAUGGAACCGGCAGUCUCGGCCGGCUCUUCUGGUGGACUCUCGCCAAUGCUUCAACCAUGAGUGCCGCCGAACUCAAACUACGCUCAGACAUUGAACGUCCAUCGCAGUUCACAGAGCGACCUGAGGCCAUUGUGCAUUCGUAUAUAGGCCGGCGAAUGGCGUUGUCGAAAAUGGUCGACGAAUUGUUGAAAACCAAAUUCGUCGAGAGGAGGGCACGAUGGGCUGCGUUGACCGGGAUCUUGGGAGUGCCUGUGAAGGAGUGCUGA